GAGUUAUUUCAAGCUCUGGGACUGGUGCCCACACCCAGGGAGUUAGCAUUCCUGACCAAGGAGGUGGCAUCGAUGAGAGCUUUCAAGUAUAUUCAUCAUUCUCCCCUGCAGCCCUCUCCAAAGACCCCUCCCCUCCCUUCUUCCCCAACACUAAACCCCUUCAUUUACUGAAGAAAAACAGGCUCAUUAAUCCAGGCUCAGCCUGGCAUACCAAAAGAAGCAGGCAACAGUUUUACGGUGAGAACCCUGGAUUUGUAGCAAUCUCAUUGGUGGUUGUAUAGGGAAACUAUCGUCUAUCACUAUAUUAUUGGCAAGGAGACUGAAGUUCAGAGCAGUUUGCUCUCAAUACUUCUGUGUCACUCUGGAAACUCAUGUUGCCAUAGGGCAGUUUUCCAAUAGUGUGACUUCAUCUGACCUGGCAGCUGUGCGUUUAGAAACACACGGGAUUCAAACACUGAUCUCUGAUUCAAAGCCAGGGGACAGAGUUCCUGUUUUGCUUUCUCAGGUCUGUCACAGUGCCUGGAAGAAUCUUGUUCUGUCAUCUCUAGACCAUGAAGAAGAUGGAGAGACACAUGGUUAGGGGACCACUGCAUAAGCACUUCGAUUUGGAAAGGAAGAAUGCCAAGCAGGCUGAAGCCAGACUCAGCCAAAGACUGCAGAGAUUAGACGAUAUCUGCCUGUACUAUGUGAAAUCGUUGACCAGAGAGCAGAGACAGCUCCAGAAAGAACUGCAGAGGUUGCAGCAAGAGAUCAUCAAGAAAAAGUUCUCCUCUUACUUUGGGAAUGGAAGUCAGAAGAGACCAGAAGAUGUUCGUAUGUUCUCAUCACAGGGAGGGCAGAAGAACCGAGUUCCACAGGCUAAUAAAGUUAGAGCACUGACAACCAAUCCAACCCAAGAAAUAUACAAAACCAAGCCCAGGAUGCCUCCUUUCCAUCACGCUGGUCCCAUGGGCUCCAUGAAAAGGAAAAGGCAGCCUUUAUCUCAGAAUAACAGAAUGUCCCACUUCCUAGAAGACAAGCCACAAGCUCAAGUGAAAGACUCUGUAAAUCCACUGCAGGGCAAAGACUCCAACAACAGCAUCUCUCUUCUAUGUCGAGAUCAAUCUGUCUCCACCCACACCCUCGACCAAGGCCCCAGUUCCAGUCCAGCAGGUGAUAGUGGAAAGGCACACGGUGAUGAAACCACAUCAAAUGAUGCCAACAUACAGCCAGACCACAACACUGAGAAGCAGAUCCCCCCAAACCCCAUGGAAUGUGCAGAAAACUUCAAAGGCCAGCCCACAACGUCAACCUACUCAGAGUUGUUUGCAAAGGCCAGAAAUGCUCACUACCUCCGGCACAGGGUCCCCCCUGAGUCUGAGAGGUUGCUUAGCAUUGGGGAGAUCUUUGGGCACAAGGAAUCCUCCCUCUAGAGCAGAAAAUGGAUGUGAGAACAGGGUGACCAUCUAGGUUACUCCCUCUCUAACCGCCUAAUGUAACAUCACAAUAUCAUAUGUCAUAACCACUAAAUAAUAAAAGGGCUUCUCAAGCAACUAUAGUAAGCAAAUAUGUAUACUUUUUAUCAUAAACCCUAGGGGUUCUUUUUCCUUUUACAGGAGUAUGAUCUUUCACUGAAUGAGUAAUGCUAGUAUGAGAAAUGAAGAGAGAGAAUCUUCCAAAACCAUUUUAAGCAAUGUAUACAUGUUGCUAAUGGUAUCAAAAGUAUGAAUCUACAUUGAUGCUUAGACUUCCCCUGAAAGGGAAAUUAUUAAGGGUCCUGCUUACCUUUGCCACCCUCUUCACAUAGGAAAUUCUUAUGGUGCCACCUGCUGGCAAAAUGGCAUAGCUCUUCUGUUUUUUUAAUUUAAUUUUAUUAUUUUAUUUUCUUUACAUUUUUUAAAUUAAAGUUUAGUUGAGUGACAGUGUUGUGCCAAUUCCUGAUGUAAAGCAAAGUGACCCAGUCAUAUACACACACAUAUAUAUAUAUAUACUUUAUUUUUCUCAUAUUAUCUUCCAUCAUGUUCUAUCCUAAUUGGUUGGAUAAAGUUCCUUGUGCUAUAGAGUAGGAUCUCAUUGCUUAUCCAUUCUAAAUGUAAUAGUUUGCAUCUUCUGUAUGUUUUCAUUUCACAUAAAAAGGUAAGAAUAAAAACUCGAUUGAAAAUAUGGGCAUAAUAUGGUCUGUAAAUAAAAACUUCUCUCCCACCAA